UCGUUCUUGUAGUGUCAUAGCGCGUUCAAUCGGAUCGGACCCGCGCGUCGUUCCACGUCAGCUUCGAGUUUCAUCCAGGCAACAACCGUCCUUGUCUAUCAUCGCGAGUACGACCACUCAGAAGUCGUUGUAUCUUCAGGAGCUACUAAACAAACACGCUUCCCCGCAAUCCCCAACCUCUUCCACGUCAGAUCUUAAAAGGCACCUCACCUCAUCCUCUUCUCAACCUCAACCUUUACCUCUGCACACCUACACGGCCGAAUCUCUUUGCUCACCAACGUCAAGAUGGAAGCCAACAUGGACCACCCUCAUCCUCCUCCUCCCGGUCACGGCCACCCACCCCCUCCUCACCACUCGUCCGAAAAGACAACCGCCAAGUUCUUCAACCACGCCUCCGCCCGACGCAUCGACACGCAAUGCGUCAUUGCCACCACCCUCAAACGACAGUACCCCAACCUGGAACUAACCAUCGCACCCAUCUACUCCAUCAACCUCCUCGCUUUCGCCGCCGCCGGCCACGCCACCGUCACCCCGCUCACCGAAGACCUCGGCUCCGACAACAAAUACCCCACCACCCUUUCCACCACCUCUUACAUCCCUCCCGCCCGACGCAUCGACAACUCCCCCGGCUUCCUGAUCAAAGACAUCAUCUUCGCCAAGUACCUCUUCACCUGGCAAUCCAAGGAAUUCAUCGUGUACAUCGCCGACGGGCGCGACGGCGCAUCGGCCUAUCCCCAGGUAAAAAACAACUACAUCCUUUCCCCCUCAACGCACCUCUCCGAGUCGCUGUUGCUGGCAGCCGGUAAAUGGUCCGAUUCGCUGCUGAACGAGAUCUGGGUGUUUGACGGGGGGUGGUGGCAGAAGAGUCGGGAGCUGUGGGAGAGUAUCCAGGGAGCGAGCUGGGAGAGUGUGAUUCUUGACGAGGGCAUGAAGGAGACGAUUAUUAGGGAUCAUUUGAAUUUCUUUGGGAGCAGGGAGACGUAUGGCAGACUCAAAGUGCCGUGGAAGAGGGGAGUCAUUUAUUGGGGACCGCCGGGGAAUGGGAAGACGAUUAGUAUCAAGGCGAUGAUGAAGACGUUGUUGGAUCAGAAGGAGAGUGUGCCGAGUUUGUAUGUGAGGAGUUUGGCUUCGUACGCCGGCCCUGAAUACGCCCUGUCCGCAAUCUUCCAAAAAGCGCGCCAAUUCGCCCCCUGCUACCUCAUCUUCGAAGACCUCGACUCUUUGGUCAGCGACGACGUGCGCUCCUACUUCCUCAACGAAGUUGACGGUCUCAAAUCUAACGACGGCAUCUUCAUGAUCGGGUCUACCAACCACCUGGAACGGCUGGACCCGGGCAUCUCCAAGCGUCCUUCGCGGUUCGAUCGCAAGUACCUCUUCCCCAACCCGGACCUCAAGCAGAGAGUCAUGUACUGCAAGUUCUGGCAGAAUAAGCUGAGAGGGAGCGAGGGGAUUGAGUUCCCGGAUGUGUUGACCAAGAAGAUUGCCGAGAUUACCGGUGAUUUCAGUUUUGCGUAUAUCCAGGAGGCGUUUGUGGCGAGUCUGUUGGCUAUCGCCAGGGAUUCGAAAGAGAAGGAGGAGGUCCUGGCUAGGAGUGGGAUUGAGGAUGAUUGGGAGAGGCUGACGCUGGAGGAUUCGGAUGGCAGUGAUGAUGGAGAUGACGAUGGGGAUGAUGAGGAUCUCGAGAAGUAUGUGCUUUGGGUGGAGAUUAAGAAGCAGGUUGCUAUUCUGAGGGAGGGGAUUGAGCAUGAGGAUUGAGGUGAAGAGGCUGGGACUCGCUGGGCUGCAGGGUACGGCGUUCUGGGAAGCAGGCAUGGCUUCUGGUUAAUUGCUGAAGAUUAAGUACAGCUAAAGCAUACCUCUAUUGCUAAGUGAUCAAAUGGACUUAUCAUCGUUGACCAUA